UUCAAUAACUUUGCUCUAUAUUGGUAGUUUACCCGCGACUUUAUUAUCGAGCGUGCACUAUUUUAUUCUUCUUCGCUCAUGCUGACACUCAGCCGGAGAAAGUUGUGCACCGCUUGUUGAAUGCAGGAUACUCAGUUUGAGCGUCUCUUUCAAGCUCAGCUUUGAAGCUUCAGCCAGCAAGGAGUUCAAUCACCUCACUCGCCGAAAUGAAAUCUGCAGAAGAAGAUGCAUUCAGCUACGCACCAAAUGUCACCCUUUCUCUUCCACUUGGGAUGGGGAACCCAUGUCUGGCCGCUCAAUACCACACCUUACAGUCCAGUCCAGUUAUCUCGGUGACGUCUUGCCAUCAGUCAGGCUACAGCUUCCAAAAUGACAACCAUGUAGCCCCAGGUUAUUAUCUACCGCAUGGCCUAAGACCAAAUGGAGCUCCAGCCCUGGAAAGUCCUCGUAUUGAAAUCACUGCCUAUAGCCAGUGCACUGAGGAUCAAGUGGAAGAAAGAAGCUGUGAGGACCACAUCAUCAAAAGAGGUGUUAACUCCAUUGUGACACUAACACUGCCCAGUGCAGAUGGCUACCGUGAUCCCAGCUGCCUUAGUCCUGCAAGCAGCAUUUCAUCACGCAGCUGUAAUUCUGAAGCAUCCUCCUUCGAGUCUGGCUUUUACAACUAUGACAACUCUCUACAGAAUUCCCCCUGGCAGUCUCCCUGUGUAUCUCCCAGAGGCUCAUCUUCACUUUUGUCUUGCCCGCAUGCCAGUGGCCCUGCAGCCUCCCCUCACAAUUCACCCUCCACAUCCCCUCAAAUUGGAGCAGUGGCUGAAGAAGGCUGGCCAGCUCAGCCUCGCGACUCAAGGCCUAACUCUCCUUCUUUCAGUGGAGGUGGAGGAUGCAACAAUAUCAGCAUUGCUGCAGUGGGCAAGAGAAAGUACAGCUUCAAUGAUAAUCCCUACCACCAGACAUCCCGUUCUCCCCACCAAUCUUCUACUCCUUCUCCACAUGGCUCCCCUAGAGUCAGUGUCACAGAUGAGAACUGGCUUGCCAACGCAAACCAGUAUACCAACUCUGCGAUUGUGGCUGCUAUCAAUGCUCUGACCACGGAUGGAAUGGUAGACAUGGGAGAAGGGAUUCCCAUCAAGACACGCAAGUUGGUAGACCAUUCACCUUCCAUGAGCCUCAAGGUCGAGCCGAGUGGAGAGGAGCUCAGUCAUGAGGGGGAAAUUAGCCCCGACGAGUAUCCUUCUCGCCUCGUUUUAAAGAAGGAGAACUACUGCGGAGGCUUCCUGGAAGUGCCCCAGAAUCCUUACUCUUGGUCCAAACCCAAACAUUACCUCAGCCCAUCCUUGCCAGCACUUGACUGGCAGCUUCCAUCGUGCUCCGGUCCAUACAGUUUGCAGAUUGAGUUACAGCCAAAGUCCCACCACAGGGCCCACUAUGAGACUGAAGGUAGCCGGGGGGCAGUCAAGGCUUUAUCUGGAGGCCACCCAGUUGUCCAGCUUUAUGGCUACAUGGAAAGCGAGCCACUCACUCUACAGCUGUUCAUAGGGACCGCAGAUGACCGCCUCCUUCGACCGCAUGCCUUCUACCAGGUCCACCGCAUCACUGGCAAAACCGUCUCCACUGCCAGUCAUGAAGUCCUGCAGUCCAACACCAAAAUUCUUGAGAUCCCUCUGCUUCCUGAAAACAACAUGAGGGCUUUAAUUGAUUGUGCAGGCAUUCUUAAGUUGCGCAACUCGGAUAUUGAGCUUCGCAAAGGGGAAACAGACAUUGGACGUAAAAACACUCGAGUGAGAUUGGUGUUCCGCGUACACAUCAACCAGCCCAAUGGCAGGACCGUGUCCUUACAAGCUUCCUCCAACCCCAUUGAGUGUUCCCAGCGAUCAGCGCAGGAACUUCCCUUGGUGGAAAAGCAGAGUAUCGAAAGCUACCCAGCAACUGGUGGCAAAAUGAUGGUCCUGAGUGGUCUCAAUUUUCUCCCUGACUCAAAGGUGGUGUUCGUAGAAAAGGCUCAGGAUGGCCAUCAUCUUUGGGAGACGGAAGCCAAAGUUGACAAGGACUCAGUCAAAUCUAAUUCAAUUUUUGUUGAGAUCCCACCAUACCGAAACCAGAGAAUAUCCAGCCCUUUGCAGGUAAACUUCUACGUGUGCAAUGGCAAGAGAAAGAGGAGCCAGUACCAGAACUUUACCUAUCUUCCUCCCAGCGUGCCGUUGAUAAAGACAGAGCCCAAUGAUGAAUAUGAUUCUUUGGGGACUUCAAUGUUGGCAAUGCAUUCAAAGUCCUACUUCAGUCAUCCAAGACUCAAUCCAAUAAUGCCUGUUGCCGAUCAUGAUGCUUGUCUGGCCAGCGGAUACCCUCCCUGCCCUUCCCUUAAUGCUGCCAUACCAUCAUCGUCCCCCAAUUCUAGCCCGACCCUGCAUGAUCUCUCGCCUGUGGCAUACAGCAAGUGCCUCCCAAAUAGUCCCACCCAUGCAGCACCCACAGUUCAGAUGUCGACUACCUUCCAAGAAAAUGGUAGGUCAGUCCUUAGCCACCCAGCAUCUCCUGACCACAGCUCUUCCCUAGCUAUGCUCCAAACUCAGGAAAGUCCAAGUCCCCUCAACAGUCCAGGAACCCAUGGAUUCCAGCCUGUCUAUGCCAACAGUAGUCCUUCAUCCUCCCCAGCCUCCCAUGCUUCUACUCCAGGCGGGUCUGCAGAGAGUCGAUUUAUUCAGGCCUACAGCCCCAGCCAGGCUCAGGCACCAGCCACCUCAGCCCAGGCUGAAGGAAAUUCACCCAACCUGCAACAUGAGGAAUCAAGACCCCCUGCCAUCACCGUCAAGCAGGAGCCCCAAGAACUGGACCAGAUGUACCUAGAUGAUGUUAACGAGAUCAUCAGGAAUGACCUAUCCAGCAUUUCCGUUCACACUCAUGCAUAGAUCAUUGAUUACGUGAUGUGCAGCAGCAGUAAAUACUCAUCUUAAAACAAUACAAAUAAGAGAAGAUCCAAAAGAUGAAGAGCCACCACGAACAAGAUACCCCAUGUGUCCACAGUUGCGAUCAGUUCCCUCUUCUUCAGUGACUCUCUGCAGAUUCACAUUGACUGCCUGGCAAUGAUUGCAUAUCUGUUAUAAUUAUGUAAGUAUAUAUGUAAUAUUAUUUGUACAAAUGGGACAUGAUAUUGAGGGCAACACUUGCCUUAAUUGACAAAUGACAAUCUUCAUUUGGAGGGUGAUGUUGAUGUUACAUACAUGCAUGGGCAAGCUAAUGGGACAAUAAUAACUGUCAUGCAUCAUCACUUUGUUUCGUUUGUGCUGUCACACCAUGGAAACUGAAUCGGUGCCUUAUUUGUAGAGAAGAUGAACAGACAGCACUAGACACAGAAAUGCAAAUUAUGAUAAAUUAUAACUCCCAGUUCAACAUUUUUAUAUGACAUUUUUGUAUCAUUUUGAUUUGUCCAGGGGAAAAACUGACAAUGGUAAUUACAAAUGAUGUUAGGAGUAUGUGAACAAAUAGAUUUUUUUUUCUUUAUUCUCAUUGUUCAUUUAUACUGAAUGUUAUGUACUAUAUUGUUUUGUACAAAUGCAGUACAUGACAAUAUGCCUUAUGCUUAUUCUACGCAUUUUGCUAAAAAAAAAUAUUUCAUAUUGUCUUCCCUGAUAAAUAUACAAAAUUUGUUUUAAUAUAUAUUUUUAUUUUAUAUUCCUAUGCUUCAUUACAGUUUUCACCCCAGUGCCUGUUGUGUCAUGCCAGACUAUGACAUAGUAAUGCACAGACAAUCAUUUAACAUUAUACAACACAGGACCAAUGUUUUUUCCUGACAUAAUCAGAAUAAGCCACAUUUCUAAUGGAAUAGAACAGAAAGCCUUCAGUGUCUUUUUACGGUGCAGACACAAUCUCAUUUAUUCGUUAAACAACGGUAUGUUUACCUGCUGAAUUUCAAGUAAAACUACAUAAUUUAGUCUUUUGCUUCUUGCACUGCAGAUUUGAUGUAUAAAUGAGCAGAAGGAUAUAUUUAAGUAUGCUACCACUUCACUUUACUGAUCUUGGUUAUUUAAAUGAGGACCUGGCAGGACUGUUAACAACUGGCAAUAAUUGAUCUGUGUAAACCAAAGGAUUUUAUCUUUGGUGA